UGAGAAUGGAGUGAGGUCCCGUGCGCAAGUUCCUCCCGCAGAUUUGUAGUGUAAAUCGUAAAUGGUGAUGAAUACCGCUGGAUGUGUCGUGCAAGAAAAAGCGUCAGUGUGUGAGCUCUAAGUAUGGAACACAAGAUGAAGGAAAAGUCGUAGAGAUCGCCGGAGAAAGAAGCGUGCCAUAGCAGUGCCAUAAGGGAGCCAUGCACAAUAACCGGCGGCGGAAGAAGCGGCCCAGCUAUGGGGUCCGCACGGUGGAGAUCACGAAGGGCAAGAACGGCUUCGGCUUCACCAUCAGCGGGCAGGCGCCGUGCAUCUUGUCGUGCAUCGUGCCGGGCAGCCCCGCCGAGCGCGCCGGCCUGCGCCCUGGCGACUACCUCAUCGCCGUCAACAGUCAGAACGUGAGCAAGGCGCCGCACGAUGACGUGGCGCGCCUCAUCGGCCUGUCCAAGCUGCUCAAGCUGCAGAUCGCCGAGAACUACUACUCGGACAGCUCGGACGACGAGUUCGUCACGGUGAACCGGCCGAAGCCCAAGUACCCGAACCGCCUGCGCCACAAGAACCAGCAGACACGCGCAGAGAAGGUGGUGCGCGACCUGCAGAGCGGGGCCAUCUUCAGCGAGCACACGGCCAUCCACCUGGGCGAGGCGGCGCUGCUGUCCGACCGCGAUGCCUGGCCCGAGUCCGCCUUCCCGCCCAAGGCGCCGCUUACGCCCACGCCCAAGGGACUCACGGUCUCCACGUCGGUGUCCCCCGUGCCCGAGGGCCUGGGCGGCGGCGACGGGGGCCCGGCCGGCGUGCCCUCCUCGACGUCGCCCACGCGCCUGCGCCCCGACCAGAUCCAGCUGGUCAUGGCGGAGGCGCGGCAGGUCACAAGAACGCCACGGCCCAUGAAGGAGCCACAGCAACAGCAACAACAGCAGCAGCAGCAACAACAACAGCAGCAACAGCAACAGCAGCAACAACAACAGCAGCAGCAACAGAAGCAGCAGUCGCAGCAGCAGCAGCAGGAGCACCCGCCGCGGCCCAGACACGUGGUCAAGAAGAAGGACAAGUCGCCGAAGGCCAAGCUGAGGCACCACCCGCAGAACCUCCCGCCGGAGACCGUGAGUCAGCUCGCGCACCACCAGCACCACCACCAGCAACAGCAGCAGCAGCAGCAACAACAACAGCACUUGCAACAACACCUGCAGCAACAGCAGCAACAUUUACAACAACAACAGCAUUUACAGCAGCAGCAUAGUCAACAGCAGCUCCUUCACCAGCAGCAGUUGCACCAGCAGCAGCCUCAGCGACAGCAGUCCCCGGUGCAGCAGCAGCUUCAGCAGUCACAGCAACAGCAUUCGGGCAUGUGGGUCGGCGUGGAGCUGCCGAGCGGCUCUGGAAAGGAGGCGUACAGCGUGCUGACGGAGCAGGAAAUCAACAAGCUCCUGUAUCCGACCCUGGCGGAGCUGCAGCAGCAGGCGGCGCCCAACGACCUGGGCGAGGCCCUGUACCGCGCCGUGGUGGGCUACCUGGGCACCAUCGAGAUGCCCAAGGAGCCCCAGGGUGGCUCUAGGCUGGCUGCCAUCAGGAACUGCAUCCGGCGACUGCGCAUCGAGAAGAAGGUGCACACGCUGGUGCUCAUGUCGGUGUUCACGGAGCGCGUGGUGCUCACCAGCCCGCACGGCCUCACGCUGGCGCAGUACCCGGCCGAGCGCAUCACCUUCUGCGGCGUGUACGCUGACGACAAGAAGUUCUUCGGCCUGGUAACGGUGCACGGCGCGUCGGGCGACGAGCUGAGCGACGGCAGCCAGGACGGGGGCAGCGUGUCGUCGUCGUGCCACGUGUUCAUGGUGGACCCUCGCAUGGUGCAGCACGCCGACCACGCGCGCAGGGCCAAGAACUUCCGACUCGAGUGCACGCCGCACCCCGAUGCGCCGCACUGCCAGGAGUUCCCCGACUCGGCCGACCCGAUUCUGCACUCCAUCAUGAGCCUGUACCGCAACCGGGUGGGGUUCCACCUGGACACCGGCGCGCCCGGGCUCAUCGACGUGGAGGCGCAGAUGUCGCCCCAGCACUCCAACACUUCCUCCAACUCCUCCAACUCUGACUCCGGCAUUGGCUUCAGGGACGACGGCGGACACCACUACCACCACAACGACCGCGUCUUCGUCGUCGAGGUGGACGACAACCAGCGCAUGCGCAUUCAGAACUUCCAGCUGGUGAGCAACCUCCGGGCCAACCUCAACGACAACCUCAGGUCAAACAUCGACAACCACAGAGGGAACAUCGACAAUCAUAGAGGGAAUAUCGAAAACCAAAGGGGAAACAUGGAUAACCACCGAGGGAAUAUGGAUAACCAUAGAGGAAAUAUGGAUAAUCACAGAGGGAAUAUGGAUAAUCUAAGGGGGAAUAUGGACAACCACAGGGGCAACAUAGAUAUCCACCGAGGAAACAUAGACAGCCACAGAGGGAACUUAGAUAACCACAGAGGGAACAUGGACAGUCACCGGGGCCUGGACAACCACAGGUCCAACAUGGAUAACCUGCGGGUCAACCUGGAUAGCCACCGGGCCAACCUGGACAACCUGCGGCCGAGCAGCACGGACAACUUCCGCUCCAAUCUGGAGACGCACCGCGUGCACCUCGACAACCUCCGUGGCAGCAUCACGGCGGGCUACGGCGGCGGUGUCAGCGCCUCCGUCACCGACAGCAUCGCGAACAGCCUGAGUGCCAACGUCUUACGUGCCAAUAUCAACGACUUCAACCCUUCCAGUGCCAAUAACCUCCGUGCCAUCGCGAGCGAGAAGCUGUUAGUGAGUGCGAGUGAGAACAGUAGUGCCAAAUUACUGGAUAACGUGCGUGCCAACGUGAACGACCACCUGCGAGUGAGUGUGACAGACAAAGUGUUGGGCAAUGUGGAUAACCUGCGAGUGAGCGUGAGUGACGCAAAACGGCUGAGUGACCUGCGGGCAAGCCUGGCCGAGAGCCGGGCCAGCCUCGUGGACGGCCGCACCAGCAUCACGGACGACCUUCGGGCGGCGCUGGAGGACGAGGUGCGGGCCGGCCUGCACGACGGGCGGACGAGCGGCGUGGACGGCCGCACCAGCAUCACCGACGACACGCGGCUGGCGCGCGACCGGGGCGCCACCAAGACCCCUGUGGCGGACUGCAGUGCCACGCCGGAGACGGGGCGCUUAACCGUGCGCGCCAUGCCGGACCCCGUGGGCUUCGAGCGCUCGCCGGGCUCCCUCAGCAGCAGCGACACGCCCGUGCACGUGGCCUCUAUGCGCCACUCCAUGCACAAGUACCUGCAGCACAAGCAGGAGCAUCUCGUCAAAGUGUCGCAGAAAAUCAACCGGCGGGAGUCCGACACGGGCGGCAUCCACCCGCUCAGCGUCCGCGCCUUCUCGCCUGCCACCACCAAGCCCAGCCCGCCCACGCCCACCGUCACGGCCUCCGCCCAGGAGACGUUGGACCUUGAGCUCUCGAUUAAAUUGUCCCCGAAGGUGUUCGGAGUGCCGCAGCUGCCUCUGGGCGGCGCCCUGUCCCCGCUGCGUCCACGGGCGCCCUCCGAGAGGUCCUACACGCGGUCCCUCGAGGACCUGCGGGACUCGUCCACCAGCGACGGCGUGGGCGGGCCUCUGGCCAGCGGAGGGUGCGGCAGUAGCUUCCGCGACGGCUCCGAGAGCGACCACGGGCUAGACCGCCUGCGGCACGUGCCUCUCACGCCGCUGGCGCGCCUGCUGCACGCCUCGGAGAACAACCUCACGCGCUACGGCAACAUCUACCCGUCGGAGCACCACCGCGGAGCCUUCCGCGCCGUGGCGCCCCGGACGCACCGCGAGCCCCCGGCGCCCCUUGGCGUCGGGGUGGUGCCGCGUAUGGGCGGCCUUGUAGGCGUGGGCGCCCUGGAUUCGGGCGACGAACACACAGAAAACACAGAGAACACCGGGGAACAAGAAGGAAGCCAGGACGUGCACCCGCCGACGCAGGACGAGUUCUCGCACGACUCCGACUCCGAGCAGGUUGAUGGAGGAGUGGAGAAAAAAUGGACACGCAGUAGUUCUCUUCGUCGCACUUUCCACCAUUCCAGUCACAAUAGUGGCCACCAGCAGGAUCCAUCUGCACACUCAGAUACUGAGAUUGGGAAGAUAUCUGCCCCACAUAGUCUUCUAGAUGGGGACUGUGGUUCAGUAGGAGGCAGCGUUUCAUCAGAGAGAGGAAUUGAUGUUGGGAGAGUGGGUGCUUGGGCCACUUCCUUUGAGAAGCUCUUGGAAGACCCUGCAGGGUUACACACUUUUGCUGAGUUCCUGAAAAAAGAAUAUAGUCAUGAAAACAUUUACUUUUGGACUGCCUGUGAGCGAUACAAGCGCUUGUCCAACCCCGAUGAACUACGUGCCAUGGCCAAAGAGAUCUUUGAGAGACAUUUGUGCAUUGGCGCUUCAGAACCUGUCAAUGUUGACUCCCAGGCAAGACAGGAUGCUCAAGAUGGUCUGCAUUCUCCUAAUGAAUUCCUCUUUGCACAGGCACAGAAGCAAAUCUUCAAUCUCAUGAAGUUUGACAGUUACUCACGAUUCUUAAAGUCAAACUUGUACAAGGACUGUGUAUCACGAGACAUAAGGGGCCAGACUCUGCCAUACCCGGGAGAUGAAACACUUGACUCUGACCUUAGGAUUGUUCAAGAGGAUUCCCAUGUGAAGCUAAAGAAGAGCAAAUCCGAUGCUGAUGAACGGCGCAGGAAAUCCCUCUUGCCAUGGCACCGAAAGGACCGCAGCAAGAGCAAGGACAGAGGAGAAGCAGAAUACAGACGGAGGAAGAAGAUGGGCCAACGGAACCCUUCUGAAUCCUCCAGUGUUCGGUCGGAUAUGAGUGGAAGCCGAACGUCUCUCAAUUCCUCUGAUAUUGCGCUUGGUAGAAGAGCUGUGUCCAAAGAAUCCCUUACAAGUGGUGAGCUUGGAAGCCUAAGUGGAAGUGAAGGCUGCAACAGAUGUCGCGUCAUUCUGCCUGAUCUCAGCAACUCUGUUGUGGCAGUUCGUCCUGGGGAGUCCAUACAGGUGCUAUUGACGAGGCUAUUAGAACGCCGAGGAAUCUCUUAUUCUACCUUUGAUGUGUAUCAACACAAAUCAGACAAGUCUCCUGCCUACAAGCUGAUGGAGAAGACAGAGGACAGCUCUGUGCUGGGAGGACUAGAGGUCAGGCUUGAACAGAGGAUUCUCUUCCGUCUGGACCUUCCCAACCGCAAAACUGUAUGUGUUAAAGCUAAACCAAAUAAACUUGCAAAUGAAGUUCUUAAACCGAUUCUGCACAAGUAUGGUUACAAGCUCGACCUCAUGACCAUUCAUAAGGUUGGAGAAGAAAAAGGAGUUAACCUAAAGUGCCAUGUGAAUGAGUUGGAUGGAGAUAGGCUAGUUGUACAGACCAAGGAGGAAGUGAAAGAGUGGGGAGUAGAACCAGCUCGUCAAAAAAAGAGAGGCAGUCUAGAUGAAAUCACCAACCGCGUCUUUGAGGAUCUGUUGAACGGAAAAUCAGAGCAAAAUUUUGAUGAACUUGGUGUCCUAGAUUUUGAUGCCAGAUCUUCCAGAACGGACAGAAGCAGUGAUAGAUCAUCUGGCAUCCUGGGCGGCUUCAGCAGGAGAAAUUCCCUGGCACCUGAUAAGGAGUCAAACAAGAAACCAAGAAAACCCAACAGCAGGUCAAGUGUACACGAAAACCUUGGUGUGCGAGGGAUGAUGCCACCACCAGAGCAUGCAAUAGUCACAAAGCGGCGUGGCAACAACCCAGCCAAUGCAAAACAAGAGAAUGAUGAGUUAUAUGAAGGACUGAAACGUGCUCAGAGGAGCCGCCUAGAUGACCAAAGAGGGACAGAAAUUAAUUUUGAACUGCCUGAUUUUCUCAAGUGUGACCAACCUCAGGACAAGGAGAACCAGCAUGCACAUCUGGCUGAUCAGCUGUUAGCGCACCUGGAAUGCUCCUUCUCAGAAGGAGGUGUUAUACCAAGCCACCAGGAAGCUGAGGACUACUUCAGCAUGGCUCACCCUGAGGUCUGGGGAGGCAUUCCAACCAAUUCAGGCCCACACUCGGCUAACGCCACGCUUCUCGCACCUGACAUAGACCUGGAUGACUUUGAUGACACGCUCCAGGGCGAUGAAUCUCUCUGCCAGGUACCCAUGCCUGAGACCACCUCCAGCUCCCUGCACAUAGAUGCCCCUGAUUUCUCCCCACCGCCUCCUAUACCCAUGGAAAACUCCACAGUCUCAGCAGUUUCCAGAAUGCCUCCACCUUCUCUUCUGCUGUCACCUCCUCCUCUUCCCCCAAAGCCAAAGUUGGGGGGAACCAGAGGGCCUCCUCCUCGGCCGCCCUCCCGCCAACUUCACCUCCUCAACCCACCCACCUUUUCAUCCACAAGUGAUGAUGAUGCUCUACAUUCUAAUGACGCACCCAUCCACAUCACCAGACAAAGCCAUGACAAAUUCAAUAUCAGUUUUGUUUAAUGGAAAUUUUUUGGGGUGGAUGAUUUUUGUUAUCACCAGAAAUCCCAAGGAUAUAUAUAUAUAUUGAUGAGUCUAAUUUAAGACGAUUUAAUUAUGAAUAUAUUUUUCCUCUAGGAUAUUGUAAAUGCCUAUCUUCACUUGUACAUUAUAGUAUAAAACUAUAUAAAAUCAAAUAAUUUGGCAUGGCAUAGCUUGAACUUUUUCCCAUGUCUAAUUUUAAGUCCUCAGUGGUGAUAGCUGGAAACCAGACAGCCACAGAGGACAAAGGCAAGUGCCUCAAUGCCUGGGAAAUUAUUCUUUUAUACAGUACAAAAAUGUUAAUGAAAAGAAGUGUGCCAUUCCAGGUAGUUCAUAUAUAUUAUAAAUGUUAUAUAUGAGAGAGACUGUAUGUAUGUAGUAAUAAAUAUUUUUACUUAGAAAUUGACGCCCUGGCAGAGUGGCUAGAUGCGUUGUGAUACAAACAGUAUUUCAGUGUGUAUAGAGUACACAUGUUGUAAAUAGUUUAUAUAUUGUGCUUUCAUGUAUAUAUUGACUGCAGUGAGCAUGAUUUUCUAUAUAUCUUCUAAAUACUGUUUCUUAAAAUGUAAAUAAUUCCAUGUUCCUAUGUCUAUGAAUUUAUACACUAGACAAUCUGUUUAAUUUCUAUACAGUUAUGCACCACAGUGGCAAUAAUAUGAAAAUAAAUAAUUUUGAAUUUU